AUGGCGCCGACUUCGGCCAGCAUCACAGCCCUCGCGCCCUUCAAGCCCGAUCUUCAUGAGCGCGCUUGGGCCUCUGUUCCUCACCCGACACUUCCUUUGAUCGCAACAGCUCACGCCAAGGCAGUCACCGUAUACUCUCUCUCGACAGCCUCUGCGCAUAGCGUCUUGACCGGCGGCCACACUCGUUCCGUCCGCUCCGUCGCAUGGAAGCCCCACCUACGCCCGGGCAACUUAUGCCUUGUCACUGGAAGUUUUGAUUCUACAGCUGGGAUAUGGCGAUGGGAGGGCCAAGAGCAGGAGGAGGGUGGACUGGAAGUUGAAGUGACGCAGCAAACUCUGCGAAGGAAGAACAACGACGACAGCGACGAUGAAAACGAUGCCGCCAAUAAGGAGUGGGAGUUCACGCUUGUCCUUGAGGGCCACGACUCGGAAAUCAAGUCUUGCGCUUUCAGCACUUCGGGCUCUCACCUCGCUACGUGCUCGCGCGACAAGUCAGUCUGGAUUUGGGAAGACAUUGGUGCCUCUGAAGAGGAUGACGAGUGGGAGACUAUUGCUGUGCUCAACGAGCAUGAAGGCGACGUCAAGGCCGUCGCUUGGUGUCCCGACGUCCCUGGUCGCAAUUCUAUCCGUAGCUACUCGUCUGAUGUGCUUGCUAGCGCAAGUUACGACAAUACUGUGCGCAUCUGGCGCGAGGAUGGCGACGCCGAAUGGGUUUGUGUUGCCGUCCUCGAGGGCCACGAGGGCACUGUCUGGGGAUUGCAGUGGGAGACGCAACCACGCGAGGGAGAUCUCUUCCCGCGAUUGUUGACCUUCUCAGCCGAUAAUACCAUCCGUGUAUGGACGUUAAAACAGGAUGACGAGGCAGAAGAGAGUGCCACAGGAGGUGCAGCGGGCGCUUUGGGUGGUAUCCCCAACACCAUGCGAAGGUCUCUACGAGAGGAAUGGACAUGUACAGCUGUCUUGCCCAAGGUUCAUACGCGCGAUAUUUACUCUGUAACCUGGAGUGCGAAAACAGGAAUGGUGGCAAGCACUGGCAGUGAUGGUAUUGUCGCGCUGUACGCUGAGGAUUCCGAACAAGAUACGAACGGUCAAGAUCAAACUAUGAGCAACACAGAAGAAAGCAAGCAAUCUUCAUGGAGAGUCGUUGCCACUCAACCUGGAGCUCACGGGCCAUAUGAGGUUAACCACGUUACGUGGUGUCGGAGAUACGAUGCCGGCUCGGAACGACGAGGGGAGGAGGAGAUGUUGGUUACAACGGGCGAUGACGGGACUGUGCGGCCGUGGCAAGUUGAGAUUCAUGCGCCAAGUUAG